AGAGACGGACGAAGACCAAGAGAGCAAAACCAGAGGGGAGCAAGAAGCAGCAAACACCAGACCGUUCUUUGACCAACGCCAGCAUGGGCUCCUCCGCCAUCACUGUGAGCUUCCUCCUCUGUCUGGCAUUUCAGCUCCCAGGGCAAAUUGGAGCCAACCCCGUGUACAGCUCUGUGUCCAACGCAGACCUGAUGGAUUUCAAGAAUUUGCUAGAUCAUUUGGAGGACAAGAUGCCUUUAGAAGAUGAGGCUGUCCCCCCGCAAGUCCUAAGUGAGCAGAAUGAGGAAGCUGGGGUCCCUCUCAGCCCUCUUUCUGAGGUGCCUCCCUGGACGGGAGAGGUCAACCCAGUCCAGAGAGAUGGGGUUGCCCUCGGGCGGGGCCCCUGGGAAUCCUCCGAUAGAUCUGCCUUCCUGAAGAGCAAGCUGAGGGCAUUGCUUACUGCCCCUCGGAGCCUGCGGAGGUCCAGCUGCUUCGGGGGUAGGAUGGACAGGAUUGGAGCCCAGAGCGGACUGGGUUGCAACAGCUUCCGGUAUCGAAGAUAACAGCCAGGGAGGAAAGGGCAGGCCAGGCCCCAGGCAGACUUCGAGAGGCCCUCAUCCUCUGGGGUUUCUCACUCAACUUUGUCCCAUCUCGUUGCCAUCAAGUUGAGUUGUGACGAGCAUCCUAUUCAAGCGGCAGCCUCCUGUCAACAUUUCUCACAUUUUAUGCUAAAUGUAGAUAAAGUGAUUUCAUUGUGGCUUCUCCACUUCUCCCACUCAUGCAUUAAAAUUUAGUCACCUGGUAACUGACAUUGGUUUGAAAACUAAUAAACUUCAGCACCAUGGACAG